AUGCACUCUUUGCAGUCUUCUCGUCUUUGCCUGGCCUUGAUGGCCAUGUCUCUAGCCCUUCCAGCAUCGGCUGAGAAGGUACUAGGAGCCUACAUCUUUGCUCGACAUGGAGACCGCACGGCAAAGGUCCUGAAGGACACGGAGUUGACCGAUCUGGGUUACCGUGAGGUCUAUACCACCGGUAGCUACUGGCGGAGCCGCUACAUUGAUUCGGGCUCUUCCCUGCAAAUCCAGGAUAUCAGUGAAGACAUUGUCAAGCUGAGCCAAAUCAGUGCCUCCACCCCGUCCGACGAUGUGCUGCAGAACUCCGCCACGGGCUUUUUGCAGGGAGUCUAUCCGCCUGUCGGCUCGUCAGCCAACGAGACCCUGGCUGAUGGAACAGUCGUCGAUUCUCCUCUGGAUGGCUAUCAGUUGAUUCCCUUGGCCAUGACCGACUCGGGGUCAAACAGUGAGGAUACCACCUGGCUGCAGAGUGCGACCAACUGCCAAAAUGCGGAAGUCAGCAGCAACAACUACUACACCUCGUCAUUGUAUAACUCACUUCUUAAUUCUACCACGGAUUUCUAUCAAUCACUCUCGUCGCUAUUGAAUAGUACCUUCUCCGAGUCUUCAAUGAGCUUCAAGAAUGCCUACACCAUUUUUGACUACCUCAAUGUCGGCUCCAUCCACAAUACCACCAAUGUUCCAACAGCAGAGCAACUGCAACAGGCCUUCCUGUUGGCUAACAUUGAGCAAUACAACCUGGCUUACAACUCGUCGGAGCCCAUCCGAGCCGUAGCAGGUGCCAUGCUGGCAGGUGAUGUUCUUCAAGGCUUAAAUAAGACGAUUACAUCCAAGGGUAAAACCAAGCUGAAUCUUCAGUUCGGCUCCUACGGAACAUUCCUCUCGUACUUUGGUCUGGCACAACUCCCCGCUGCGGAUGUCAACUUCACUGGAAUUCCCGACUAUGCCUCCUCCAUGGCAUGGGAACUAGUGACCAACUCGACCUCGAAUGAGUUUCCUUCCACUUCCGAUAUCAGUGUGCGGUUUGUCUUCCAUAACGGUACCCUCAACGAAUCCAAGAAUGAUAGCCCUACUGAGUACCCACUCUACGGCCGGUCAAGUGCCACCAUUCCCUGGUCCGACUUUGUGAGUCUGAGCACCAAGAUUGCGGUCACGUCGCAGUCGCAGUGGUGCCAGGCGUGUGGCAAUACCGAUGGACAAUGUGCGUCCUACUCGACCAGCUCUAACUCUAGCUCUACUUCUCCAACCCAGGAAAUGUCAAGCAGCGGUAUCUCCAGGCCGGUAGCGGGCGUUAUCGGUGCCAUGGUAACAUUGGCGGUCAUUCUUGGUGCAGAGGCUCUCCUCCUUCUGGUGGGAGGAUUCCGCAUCACCAAGAAAGGCAGAAUUGCACAAAACGCGGCUGCCGACGAAGAAGACAAGGCAUCUUGA